AUGACCUCUCAACAUCUUACUGGGAUGCAAACUGCACCUGGUAGUAAUCAAGAAGCUUCUUUUGAAGAAGAAGCCUAUGAUCCUGAUCAACUCACCAUGGAAGAGGUGAAUUACAUGGGAGAAGCCUAUGGAAACACUUACAACCCUUCAUGGAAUAUGGAGACCUCUAAGCAGAGCCUUUCUGACUUAGCCACUCUAGUCUCCAGCCUCACUAAGACCACUCACAGUUUCAUUAAUGAAACAAGGUCCUCCAUUAGAAAUUUGGAGGUACAGGUUGGUCAACUGAGCAAGAGGAUCCCUGAGAUCCCUCCCAACAAUCUUUCCAAUAAUACUGAGGUUAAUCCUAGAGAAGAGUUCAAGGCCAUAACCAUGGAGGUUGAGGCCGAAUUGGAGGAGAAUGGGAAGGCGUUGAACGCUAGUGAAGAAGCCUUCAUUGGGCGUUCAACGCCCAACCAAGCAGCCAUUCUGGUGCUGAACGUCAGUGAGGAACCCCUCACUGGGUCUUCAAUGCCCACCAGCCCAGGGAAGCUGCUAGUUGGUACAAAGCCUCUGGAGGAAGAACCUCUACCACUUACCAAAGAACUCCAUGCUUUGGUUCAGCAAGAGCUACUUCAGAAGCUUCUAGAUCCUGGACACUUUCUGAUUCCUUGCACCAUAGGCCCUAUGACCUUUAAAAAGGCUCUGUGUAACCUAGGUUCAAGCAUUAACCUCAUGCCACUCUCUGUAAUAGAGAAGCUAGGCAUACUUAAGGUACAAGCUGCACACGUCUCUUUAGAGAUGGCAGACAAGACAAUGAAGAAGCCCUAUGGCUUAGUAGAGGAUGUCUUGGUUAAAGUUGAAAACCACUACAUUUCUGUAAACUUCAUAGUCUUAGACAUAGGAAAGGAUGAGGAUGACUAUGUCAUCCUUGGAAGACCUUUCCUAGCCACAACUAAUGCUAUCAUUGAUGUGGCUAAAGGAGAACUAACCCUAAAGUUAGGGAAGGAUCACAUCCUAUUCAAGAUGCCUCAUCCAACCUCUCCUCUAAAAAGGAGAUAA